AUGAUAGACAUCUGCGUAAUUGGCCUUGGUGCUAUCGGUGCUUUCUACGCCCAUGCGUUGGACCGAUCUGGGAAGGUGCAGAUCACGGCGGUGUGUCGGUCUAACUAUUCGACACUACAGGGAGACGGCAUAGAUAUCGUCUCAGACAGUCUCGGGAACACUCCAGCUUGGAAACCGUAUCGCGUCGUAUCAAGCACAGAGGAGGCAGCUGACCGGCAGUACCUUUUUGUGGUAUGUGCUUUCAAAGCCCUACCCGACGUUGUAUCGACACCGUCGCUCAUUGGACCCUUGUUGUCGCGGACAGACACCUUUGUUCUGAUUCAAAACGGUAUUGGGAUACAUAUUGACCUGCAGCAUGCCAGACCGGAUGCUGUCAUCGUGUCUGCGUGUGCUUGGGUAGACUCGACAACGAAAGGUAGAAGCAUUGUUCAAACCGGCCCUAACGACCUACCUAUCGGCUUUCACGACAAUGGGAAGAUCCCUCUGGAACAAGCACAGAAAGCGUGCAUACUCUUUCGCGAUCUUCUCCAAGCAGGAGGUGCAGGAUGUCAAGUAGUUGCCGAUAUCAACAGUGCUCGCUGGAAGAAAAUUCUGUGGAACGCCACAUUCUCAACUAUGUGCACGGUGACUCGCGCGCCUGUUGCAGACCUCUUGAGCUCGAAAGCUCUGCCUGUUACGUUACCUGCCCUAAAGGCACUGAUGGCUGAGCUCUUGAUGGUCGCACACGCUUCUGGAAUAAGCGAGACAGACCUCUCAGACGACGUGGCCAACGGUGUGAUCGAAGACUGCAUGGACCUGUACAGUAACGAGAGGACAUCAGAGCCCAGCAUGUUCAUGCCUUCGAUGCUCGUGGAUCUACUGGCGGGUCGCCCUAUGGAGAUCGAGCCAAUCGUUGGUGGUGUUCUCGGAGUAGCAAGAGAAGUAGGGGUCACUACACCUAGAUUGGACCUCAUCUAUACCCAACUAAAGGUCCUGCAGAACCGCAUUCUUUUCUCAGAAAAGCAAACGGACUGA